AUUUUUACAUGUUAGAAAUUCGUGGCUUAUCCCCUUAAUGGAUGUAAAAGAGUGUCGUCAUAUUUUUAUUCUUAUUUUAAUCGACUUAAAUCGACCUUCUCCUGUCCUUGUUGGUAUUUCGAGUUAGUUAUGUACAACUGGCGCCAUUUGUCGAUGUUAAUUUCAGAUGUCAAAUAUUUAUUUAAUGUGAUUUGUUUUAAUGUAAUAUAAAAGUGUAUUGAUGCCCUAUGAGAAGCUGCAGCUUCAGAUGCCGCAGCUUCUAGAAUCAACUUCUAAUGUUACAUAAAUGUGAUGUAGAAAAGUAAGUUGAUAUCGAAUGUAAUUAUUAAGAAAGAUGAAGGUAAUUAUUCAGAAAUGUAAGGAAAAGUGGUGUCGUCCCCUUGUGCGGAGCAAACUGCUAAUAUGUCAGAUCGUCUAAACACUCAUACGAUAUACUUUUAUUUAAUUAUUUAUCGAAGUUCAAAUAUAAAACACUGUAGAGAAUAAGCAUAAAGUCCACAAAAUGUCUCUUGGUCGCGUGAUUUAAAAUAAUCGUAACGGGACGGCUUGAAGGUUUAGCUGGUUACUGCUGGUUAAUGCGUUCUGUAACACGUGAUGCUGCUCGCUCCCAUAGCGACCUUGAUUCACACACGUUGGUCAGUUCAAGAGUGAAAAAUGUUUAAUGUGAUUUAUGUAAUUAUAUAUCGCUUAUGUGAUAUAAUGAAAAGCUAUUUCGUGUCUAUUCAUCUAUAAUUAAACUGGUUGAUAUGGGAUUUAUAACGUAGGACAUUUCGUAGAGCGGUUUAUGUAAUUGUAAUGAUAAAAUAGUUCAACAUUCAAUAACUACGAGUUUAAAAGGGAGUGUAUUUCAAACAACAAACAACUUAAGCAUGUUAUUAAUAUAAUACUGUUUAUAAAGAUUGACUUUGCAUUGUAUUUUGUAGUGAGUCGAAUGAUGAGACGUGGCAGAGGAUUAAAUCCUCUCAAAGAUGCCAUACACCAUGUGAAAAUGGGGAAAGACAAAAACAUAAUAUCAGAGCGAUACACCAAAGGUCGGGGAGUAUUUGCAAAUACCCUUAUUGUAAAAGGUUCCUUCAUUCUUGAAUACAGAGGAACUUUAAUUGAGAAAGGGGAUUUUGAAGACAUUAAAUGAAUAUGCAUACUUUUUUAACCACCUAGGGCAUAACUACUGCAUUGAUGCCUCUUAUGAUAAUGGCUCACUCGGUCGACUUGUUAACGAUGAUGAGAAGCCAAAUGCAAAAAUGAGGAAAAUUCUAGAUGUUGAUGGAAAGCCACAUCUUUUUUUUGUUUGCAAUCAAGGACAUCGAUGCAGGUGAAGAAAUAUUAUACGAUUAUGGAGGACAUAACUUGCCAUGGCUUUCUCGCCAUGGACAGGAACAUUACAAGCACCUUCAUGAGCCCGUUGCUCCAACCAUGACAGCAUGUGACAUCAGGUCUCCUACAGAGCACCUUCAUGAGCCUGUCGGUCCAGCCAUGACUGCAUGUGACAUCAGGUCUCCUACAGAGCACCUUCAUGAGCCUGUCGGUCCAGCCAUGACGGCAUGUGACAUCAGGUCUCCUACAGAGCACCUUCAUGAGCCUGUCGCUCCAGCCAUGAGGGCAUGUGACAUCACAUCUCCUACAAAGCACCUUCAUGAGCCUGUCGGUCCAGCCAUGACGGCAUGUGACAUCAUGUCUCCUACAGAGCACCUUAAUGAGCCUGUCGCUCCAGCCAUUAGGGUAUGUGACAUCACAUCUCCUACAAAGCACCUUCAUGAGCCUGUCGCUCCAGCCAUGAGGGCAUGUGACAUCACAUCUCCUACAAAGCAUCUUCAUGAGCCUGUCGGUCCAGCCAUGACUGCAUGUGACAUCAGGUCUCCUACAGAGGACAUAACCGUUGGAUCCCAGCAGGAAUCCACAAGACCAGGCAGCGGUGAUGAUGAAAGAGGAAGAAAGAGAAAGAGAAAAGAGAAGAACGUUGGAGUGAGAAGGAGAGAGACAGCCAGAGUUUGCAAAGCACAUCAACUUGUCAAAGAGGAGAUGAAUUCGCUUGAAAAAUGUUCUGUUUGCUCUGGACCGUUUUCCCCACUGAAGUGGUGGGGGCUGAAAUGUAAAGGGCUUUUGGAAAGCAGGCCAUGUCCAAACACAUCAGAAGGACUAAAAGCUGACAGACAAAUCUCUGAAAACGAUGUCUCUAGCAGAGGAAGGCGGAUGCCCAAAAGGAGACCAUGGACGAAACCUGAGGUGAACGCUGUGAUGAGACACUUCAAAAUGCACAUCAGCAAAGCUCACUUGGCAACAAUGAGGGAGUGUGAGGUCUGCAAAAGGUGCGAGCAUCCGGUCCUUCAAAACCGGUCCGUCCAAAUAUACGUGAUUUUGUACGGAACCGAGGGCGAAAUUUUAAACACGUGGAAAAUUAAGUCGAAAUUUUAAUGUUCGUAGUCCAAGGGGCUAAUUAUCUGUUUGACACAUUUUAGUUCUACUCUUUUAACUUGUAAUUUUUUUGAUAAAAAUGUAUGUAUUUAUUAGUUUCAAAAUAGAAAUUUUAAGAAAACAUGUUUUAUUCUCCUGCUGGUAGUGUUGAUCAUUUUAGUUUAUAUGUUUAAUCUGAGGGACUAUAGACCUCUGUUGAUGUUUUUUUAACUUUAACAUUUGUGGUGUUUCAUGAAGUUGGGUUAUGUUUUUCAUUCCUGUCCCUGAAAGGCAAUGUUUUGUACCUGUCAAUGUACAAUAUUUGACAAUAUGUUGUUGAAGAUUCAACACUUGCAACAUUAUAAUAAAUUACUACUAAUUUGA